CACAGGCUGGAGCUUCCAGAUGGGCUCUGCGUACCAGUUCCACAGCUGGAGGGUCUUUGUCCUGGUGUGCGCCUUCCCCUCCGUCUUCGCCAUCGGAGCGCUGACCACCAUGCCCGAGAGCCCCCGCUUCUACCUGGAGAACGGCAAGCACGACGAGGCCUGGAUGGUGCUGAAACAGGUCCACGACACCAACAUGCGGGCCAAGGGCCACCCUGAGAGGGUCUUCUCGGUAAGGUCCAGCCCCCCACCAGUGCAUCCACCAACCCUUGUCCAAAGCCACCAGUCCCAUCUGGAUACCAUCGUCCCAGAGCCAUCAGCCCCAUCCUGCUCUCAUCUGUCCCAUCUCAGUGCCACCAGCCCUGUCCCAAUGCCAUCAUCUCUACCCCAGUGCCACCAGCCCCAUCUGAGUGCCCUAAUACCAGUGCCAUCGAUCCCACCUGAAUACCCCCACACCAGUGCCAUCGAUCCCACCUGAAUACCCCCACACCAGUGCCAUCAGC